AUGCUUUCCAUGGCAGACUACGCCGCCGGCGAGCUAUGGCGCCUGGAAUCGGUCAGUGGACGGGGGUCUGGCCAGGGCUCUACCUCGUCCUCGUCUGCGGCAGCGAGCGGCGGGGUCUGGCGCAACCUUCCCCCGGGCGCUGUCGACGGUUUGAGCCACGGGUUGACGGCCUUCAUCAUCAGCGUGCUCGAAGGAGGCAUCGCCCUGCACCUGUCGCCUGCCGACGUUAACGUCGCGGUGGGGAUCGUGGAAAGGCUGGCACUUCAGGCACCCCCCGCGUCACUAGGUUACGGCAGCAACGGCGGUGGUAGCGAUCCGUCGUCACGAGCACUGGUGGGUUGGCCCUCCACGCCCGUCCCGGAUGUCGAAGACGCGUCUUUCGGGUUGACCAGGCCCGUGGUCGGGCCACUGCGGGAGUCAAUGAAUCAGCACUUCGGCACCCCCACGGGGGGCGCGACCAUCAGUGGUGGUAUGAUGCAUAGAUUAGGUGCUGGCGGCGUGGGCUCGCACUUUGCCGCCGGCAAGCCGGCGCUCUGUCUGGUCGCCGGAGACGCCCUCGGUGCCAGGCUGCUGGGGUGGUGCACGGUGUUUUGCCGGUCGCCGCAGUGGCGCGGUCUGUUCUCGGAGGCCGGCGGCGGCGGCGGCGGCGGCGGCGGCGGCGUCCUCCGACCGCUCUCGCCUCUCUGGGGGGAGGGCAGCAGCGGGGAAGAGGCCGGCGCCACAGGUGUUGUUGCGGGCAAGAAACGAACCGCAGAGGACAUGGAGGCCGCCGGCGAGGAGGGUUCAGGUGGCGCGCAAGACGGCGGUGCCCCGACGCCGCCGCCUCCGGCGAAGAAAGCCUCCGCGAGCGGCGGCAGCAGCAGCGGCGAGGGCCGAGGAGAAGGCGACCGGCCCGCCGGGCUGGAACGGCUCCUGUGCGUCGUCAGCCAGGUGGUGCGGAUCGUGAAGGAGCACACCAAGGUGGCGAAGGACAAGGCCGGCGCGGCUGGGUUCUUCGCGGGCACUUCUGUCGGCGGCGGCGGCCCCCGCGGCGUGCCGGUCUUCGACGUGCGCACGAGAGAGUCUUCCGGGUUGGCACAGGCGGCUGUCGGGGCCCUGGCCGACGCCGCCCUGGACGUCUUUGCUGAUCACAUGGAAGACCCCGCCCUUCAUGGACGGCUGCGCCGAGACGCUCGGGUCACCGGCGAGGACGCAGCGGCAGCGGCGGGGGAGGAGGGCUCCACCGGUCUGGGCCGCGGGAGGGGGGCCCCGAUGGCAAUGUCGGACUUGUUGCCGCUCGUAGACAGCACCUCGCCCGCGGAGACGGUGGGCCUGAGCGUCGACCUCAUCGGCGACAUCGCGUGGCUGUUCUCGUCGCUCGAGCCGGAGACGGAGGCGGGCACGGGCGGCCGCGGCGGUACCGCCGCGUCCAAGGCCGGACCCGCGGCGGCGCAGCUGUCGUCUGCGAUGUCGUGCUGGGCGUCCGGGCGGGUCCUGGCGUGCAUGCCCGGGCGCGAGCACUUGGAGUACGCCUUGUGUCUUCCGUCUUCGUCGGCCGCGGGGGGGUCGGAGGAGCCAGCGGUUCAGGCCGCCGGUCUGCCUCUUGUUCGCCCCCUCCCGGCUAGGCUUGCCUGCUUUGCGGUGCGCAAUCUACUCGACAAUGUCCAGAUCCUCGGCCAAGCGUCCGCGGCGUCCGGGGCCAGGUCCGGAGGCGGCACCUCGACCCGGUCUGGCUUCUUGACCCGGGGGAAGAAGCGCCGCGGGUCGGCGGCGUCGUUGCCCGGCGACGGCGGCGGCGGCGGCGAUGCCGGCGCUGCGAGCUCGACCGCCACUCCCUCGAAGUGGACCAGCCUGAUGGGGCAGCAGGUGAUGUCCUGCCUAGACCGCGUCCACCUUGCGGGUUUGCUUCUGGCGUGGGAGUCUUGUCACCCGUGGAUCGAAAGAGAAUUUCCGACGGCGGCGGCUUCGUCGUCGGGGGCGGCGGCGGGCAGGCUGUCCCUGAAGCAGAGUCGGAGCUGGCAGAGCUUUUGCUCGCUCAUGGGACUCCUGGCUCAGGCGUGCGUUUCGCCCAGGCCCCCGCCGCCGCCCGGGCAGGGGCUGGCGGCGCUAGUGACGCAGGCCGUGCUCUCUUUCAGGGCGACCAGCCGCAGCGCCAGCGAUGCGUUGCCGUUCUUGGACAUGCCGGCUGUGCUACUUCUCUGUAAGGUCCAGGGGUGCCUUUCAUCGACCACGGCGAUGGAGGAUAAAGAGUCUAGCUCGCGCUUGGCGCAGCUGCUGUGGGACCGUUUCUUCACCGUGUGCCAGUCCCACGUCGUCUUCUGGGAGUGGCAGGCAACGCUCGAGGGCCCGGCGCGCAGCUCGCGGCCGCCGCCUUACGGCGCCAUCUUCCGCCACCACGCCCAGCUUUUGGCGUACACCUACUUCUACCAGGUCUUGGAGGUCAGGCGCGGUCUGCUGGCCGCCCAUCUCGGCCUCGUUCGCAGGCUGGGCGCUACCGUGGUCGCCAGGGGAUCGUCGGCGGUGGGGGCGGGAGGCCCGCAGCUGCUCCUGGCCCAGUGCAUGACGCUCGCGGAGUUUCUCCUCCGCACGACCCACGACAACGAACAGUCCCUGGCGCAGACGGCGCGGCUCCGCAGAGACCUGGCUCGCCUGUCGGACGUGCCCCCGGCGACCGCGGCUGCGGCGACGACCACGGCCUCCGGCGGCAGCAGUGCAUCGCCCACCACGCCGCGCUCUUGGUUCCUCUCGGUGUUUGCGGCCGACGAGGACGCGGGAAUCCUGGCGAUGCACGAGCGGCCGGGCGUGGCCCGCGCGAGCAGCCGAGCCCUGUGCUCAGAAGUCUCCGCCGACGGCUUCGAAGGCUGGCGCGAAACUUGGCUCGGCGUCCUUGCGGCCGCGGCGGGCUCGACGGCGGAGGACUCGACCUACCUGUUCUUCGCCGCCUUGAGGCUGCUGGGCACCCUUCCGCCUCGAGAGGUCGUCGGGGGAGGACCAUCACCGGCCGCCGCGCGCCUUGCGCGGCUUUCGCCCGGCGUGGAAGGGAUGUGCGAGAUAAGGUUUUGCCUGCUGGGCUUGCAGUCGAGCUCUUCGGAGUGGGGUCUCCUCUCUCCCGCGUUCGCGGCGACGUUGGCCUCCGUGCGCGAAGGACUUCCGGGCUGGUUUGGCGUGGAACCGCGGGACUUGGCCGGCGCCCUGGUCGCCGGUUGCGCUCGCACGGCGACCCAGUACGAGCUCCUCGUGGGCCAGCAGCGCAUCCACGGCCUUCUCGAGGUGUUCGCGGUGUACGCUCGCGCUGCGGUGACGACGGCCGAGGGCGGGCUGACGGGUGGUGGUGCACAGCAGCAUGCAACCGGAGAUGACGACGACACCGAGUCGUCGCCCAAGCCGCUUGUGGGCCUCUCCCUGGGCCUGAUGCAGCUGGCCGAGGAGUGUGUUGCCUACUACCACCGGACGAUCGAGGCCGCCCUCACAGCGCUGCAUGCGGUUGGAGAACCGGAGCAGCAACUCGGCGAAGACUCACGGUUGCCGGGGGCACGGCCUUCGGACGAUUCGUUCUUGGUCGGGGGGCUGCACACCGAGCUCAAUAACCUCAACGGCGAACCGCCGCUGGACGCUCUCCCGCCGUGGCAGGUCAAAGCUUGCACCAGCUCGACCACUCGAGGGUCCCAGAGUCCGAGCAAGCUGACCGGCCCUUUCGCGGAACCGAACGAGUCGGGGUCGGAGGUGGGAAGCCGGACCAGGGACGCGCGCCUGCAGCGGAAGUGGGAGGUGAUGGCGAAUGGAGCGACGUGGCUCACGGUUGCGUCUUCGAAGGCGUUCGUCGGCGACAGGGACGGCGGCGAACUAGACGGCGGCGGCGGGGACCAGGCGGGAGCCGGAGGUACUCCUGAGACGAUGGCGGAGUCAUCAUCGCGGCGAAAGGUUGAGGCCGUGGUGGACUCUGCCACCAAGAUCUGCGGCUCGGCGAGGUCCAUGCUCCACGCGGUGUUGCUGAGCGUCCUUGCUCUCACCGAUGCCCUCGCAUCUGCGGGGAAGGCGACCACCCCGUCGAAGACUAGGCAGGGGGCGGCGGCGGCGGUGGCUCUACUGGACGGUGGUGGUAGACAAGAGACAGCGAGUGAAGCGUGGUCGGCGGUAGCUUUCCGCGCCGGUGCGUUGUGGGGCGAGCUCUCUACCAAGCCCUGGUGCAAGUGGUUCGCGCCCCUUUGCGGCCGUGCCUUCGACAGGCUCGUCCUGCGGGCCGACCGGAAGUCGGCGGGGGGUAUGUCCGCCACCCAGGCGGAGCGCAAACGGGAAGAAGCUCGCGGCGCCUUGCAGCUUUGGAAAAAGGUGACGGGUUCGUGGCAGGUGCGGAGGGCGGACACCUUGCUCCGGCUAGCGCUGGAAGCGCCCGGGCAGGACACGACCAUCUGCGCGAAGGUGGCCUUGGAGGAGGGGCUAGAGCAGCUGAUCGCUCUGCUCGUGAUUCCUCAGACAGCGGGUAGUGUGGUCGGGUACUACGGUAGGCAAUCAGUUGGUACUUCUUCGGAUGGUGACGUGGUUGCGCGAGCGAUUGCGUCGGUCGUGCCUCCUUGUUCACCCACGGUCGUAGCCGGGGAAGCCGCCGCAAGUGACUCGAUGGAGGUGGAACCUGAUCGAACGCCCGCGCGUAACGCGGACCUGAUCGUGACACGGGGAGACGUGUCCACGCUCACACGGCUACUCGAGCGCAGCGAGUUCUCGGACAGCUUACCGAAGACGUUGAUGGUGCUCGAAGCCGCCCUGGAGGCCGAAGCGGACGCGUACACCGUGUCUUCAUCCGCGGCACCGAAAGAACACGGCCGCCCGCUGACUAGCGCGGUCGCCUGUGCCUUCAGCAGCUGGCCGGAAGGGGUCGUCGAACGCCUGGUUGCGGGAGCCGUGUCGUCGCGUCCGCAGACGAACGCGGUUGUCGUUCUGAGCUUGGCGGCGGGGUAUCCUGCCGCUUGCCGGGGGGCUUCUCCGCCCGAGGCCGGUGGGGCUACGGGCGAGCAACAAGGCAUUCUUCAAAAACGCCUCUUCCAUUCACUUCUGGCGACGGCGACUUCGUGGGUCGGCAGGCGGGACAGCGUUGGGGGUGCCUCGUUCACCGGCGGCAGGGGCAAGCUCGACGGAAGGAACGCGGCGGGAGGUGCUACAGAUUUGGCCAGCCUGUUGCUGUGGCUCGCCUCGAAGCACGGCAUGUUCACCGAGCUCGUUGUGGCGGUCAUGGGAGUAGCGCGCGGGUUGGUGCGCGCGCUGGAGCUGCGAGCGGAGUCGAGGGACGAGAUGCAGGUGGAGGAGGAGGAGGAGGAGACGGGCGGGGAAGAGAUGGGGGAGGAGGAGACAGCGGGAUCGCUCGCUCGUUGCCUGGCACUCAUGGCGACCGUGCUCGGGCCGGCCGAGGGCACGAUGGACGAAGAGGGAGAGACCGACGCAGAGGACACCGGCUCGUCGGGCGAUUUGGCAGAAUGGAUCGACGACGCCGGUAAGAUCUGCAGGAGGGGGCCUUCGGCCGGGUGGGAUGACCAAGGAGUGGCCGAUGCUGCUGCCGCAGCGAACGCGCAGCGGCAACGGCAGCGGCAGCAGGAGGAGGAGCCCCCGCUGGUUUGCACCUUCGUCUCGAGCCACAAGCAGUUUGUGAACCAGCACUGGUACCACUGCUACACGUGUAACCUGGUAAACGACAAGGGCUGCUGCCGGCUGUGCGCGCGCGUGUGCCACCGGGGCCACGACGUGUCGUACGCCCGCCUGUCGUGCUUCUUCUGCGACUGCGGCAGCAGCACGGCGGAGGGCGGCACCCCUCCCCCGUCCCUAGAGAAUUCUCCCGCGUCGUCGUCCGGGGGGGAGGUCGUGUCUCCAAGCGGCCGUACCGCCGACACCGGUGGCGGCGGCGGAGGAGCUACCUCUCGGGAGGUCUGCCGAACCAAGUGCAGCUGUCUCAAGCCCAGGACACGGCGUGAGCUCAACGCCCUUCUUCACCCCCCGCCUGCCGGCUCCAAGGCCGGUGAUGUGGGCUCAAACGCCGGCGACGCACGAGAUGGAUCGAACGCUAAGCGCAUGGCUGGUCACGGCCUGGAGUCCGGCGGUAUGGGCAGCAGCCCCCGCGGGGGUUCCGCGGCCCAAGCGGCUGCAUCCCGGGCGAAAGAAGCGACGGAGGGGGCUGCUGCCGCAGCCGCGGCAGCGGCAGCGGUGGCCGCGAGAGCUGUCGGGUGGCGCGAUUCGUCGGUCGAGAUGGCGUCCAUGCGUGCAGCUCUGUUCGGCGGCGGUGGCGACGGAGGCAAGCCCGGCAUCGCUGAGGAGUUGCGCGCUGCGUUCUCGGUUUUGUUCGCCAGGUUCAACGCGAUGCAUGCCCCCGCCGGAGGGGGUGUCGGAGACGGCAACGGCGGCGGCGGCGGCGGCGACGGUGGCCGGGGAACCGUCAGCCGUUACGCCGGCCGAAACCGAAGCGCUGGCGGCGCUCCUGGCGCUCCUCGUGUAACCCCAUGGGAUGCCCUGUGCGAUGCGCUGGAAAGCUACGUCACGGCCACGCCAUCACCGGAGUCGCCACCGCCGCCGGCCGCAGUUCUCCGCUGUCGGCCGCUGCACGACCCCAACGCCCGGAUGCCGGCCUACCCGAUCCUGGCGCCGGCGCGGCUGUUGAGGAAUGGGAGCCUGGAUGUCCGCCUGCCGGCUGAUGGGGUGCGCGCGAGGCAAGACCGAGCCGCGAUGACCCUCCACGGGGUGGUGCGGCGCAACCUCGCCGCGAGCUCGUGCGGAAAGAUGGCCGUUGCGGAGGCCCAGAAGGUGCUCAUCGUCGACCCCGUCGGCGCGCUCGCGCUACGCUACGCUACUGCAGCGGCAGUCGGCGGCGGCGGCGGCGGCGGCGGAAGUGGCGGAGGUUCAGGGUCAUCAGGGACGGGGGGGAGGGGGUCGACGGCGACGCCGGUCGGGGCGCAGGGCGCGCGCGCGGCAGCAGCGUCUUCUCUCUCCGGGCCGGCGGACAUACCGGUCGACCGCAGCCACCUCUGCGUCCUGUCGUCGAUGGCGGUGGGUUUCGACGUGAUCGGCGUUGCGUUCAACCCGGCGAACGAGCGCCAUCUGGUGGUGUGGGGCCUGCGGCAGUGCUGUGUGGUCAUCCUGAACUCUCGCGGCGUGGCGCUCAGGCGUGUUCAGGUGAACCUCUCUUUCGGCGGAUUCGGCUCGGGCGGGGAUGGCGGCGACGGUGACCGGAACGGUGGGAGUGGUGCCGGGGAGGACUGCAGCACGUGCGUGUUGAAGGCAAUCUGGGUCCCAGGCUCGCAGAUUUUGCUAGCUGCGGUGUGCACCCAGUUCAUCCGCGUGUACGACCUCUCCGCCGACGCCGCGGCCCCGAUCCACACCUUCUACCUGCCAGCGACCGCGGAGGACGCGUCUGGCGACGGUGCCGGCUCCUGCAUACGCGACGUUGUGCUAGUUCCUGCGACCUUGCCGCCCGCGACUCCUUCUUCGGCGGGGACGGGGCCGGCGGCGCCCGGCGGCCUUCCUGCCGAGCCUUCGCUACGGGAGGGCAACGCCGGCGCCCCCGCUCUCCUCGCGACGGCGGUGGUGCUCACAGGCGCCGGGCGGCUGUACGGCAAGGGGAUACCGGGCCCGAAAUCGUCGGAACCCGGAAGCAGCGGCGGCGGUGGCGGGGCGGGGCAUGCCGCUCACGACGGGGAAAUUCGACAUCGGCUGGUCAUCCCUGCGCCCUUGGAAGAGGAGGCGACGCAGGUUUCGGGCGCCGGAGGGGGAGGCGGUUCUGGACCCGGUAGGAACGGCGGCGGCGGCGGCGGCGCCGGAGAUGGCAGCAACAGCGAGAGUGGUGGCGGCGGUGGUCGCGGGGGCCGCAGCGAGAGCGUGGGCGGCGCCAGCGCGGACACCGGCGGGGGCAGCGGGCGGGACGUGGAAGAGGUGGAGUCUCCUAUGUCCGGCAUGGACUCUCCGAGCUCUCCCAGCUACCUCUACCUCAGCGCCUUCGCGGGCUGCGACUUCGACGACGUCGUGAACGACUCCCCGGACGAUAGCGUCAUCUUCGCCGAGCCCGGGCUGCGGCGCCGCGGCUGGGCGGGGUCUUCAACCGGCGCGGCGGCGGCCUCCUCUUCCUCCGCGGCGGCGGCGGUGUCCGCCGCCGACGCCGUCCUGGCGAUGUCGCCGGGCCGGUCGGCGAGAGCCUCGGCGGAGGCGUCCGAGACCGCAGCGGCCUCCUUCGGCGCGCUCCACUUCUCGAGCGCGACGGGCCUACUCGUGGUGGCGCGCGGCGGCAAGUCUACCCUGGCGUUGCGGCUCCGAGGAGCCGGCAGGAUGACGGAGGUCGGCGGGGGCUUCGUGCUUCUCCCGCGCCUUACCGGCGCUUCCGCCGCUGGCGGCGCCGGGGCGGUGGUCACCGCCGAGGGCGGGGUAACUCCCGUGGCUCAGGGAACUUUGUCGGGGCCGGCAAGAUCCGGGGAGGGUAACGCCGCCGCCGCGGCAGCUGCUGCUGCUGCUGCGGCGGCGGCGACUCUUGAGGCGAAUUCUUGCCUCCCGCCGUACACACGGUUUUUGGACUACUGGGACGCGGCGGGCGACCUGUCGGCGGGGGAGAACGGCGGCGCCGGCGCCGGCGUAGGGAACGCCGCUGCAGCUCCGAGUGCGUCUCUCGUAUGCGUGGCCGUGGGAGGAGGGCGAGUGAAGGCUGAUCGAGUGCUGGCGAUGAGGGCCGGCGCUGGAUCUGGCGAGGGGCACACGGCGGAGCUUGAGCUCCAGCACUUGCGGUGGCCACGCCGAAGCGUUGCUCAGGUCGGCCCCGCGGCGUUUGCCGCGCUCUCCCGCAGCCUUGUCGCCGGCACGGUCCAAGGAAUGUGUGUGUGUCCAGCCCCCCCGCCGCCGUCGCCUUCGUCUGCUAGAUUGGGGCUGAGGCCAGGAGCGGCGACCAGCGGCGAGGAGCUCAAUGGCGGUGGUGCUGGCGCCGGUAGAGGGAGCUAUGGCGCCGGCCACCAGCCGCCCUACGUUACCCCCGUACUCAUGGUCCUGUUCGACAACGGCAGCGUCCAGUGCUACACCAGCCCGGCCCACCUCACGGCCGUCGAGAAGGAGAGGACGCGGGCGGCGGAGCAAGAGGAUUCCGCGGCGGCGGCGGCGGCGGCGGCGGCGGUGGUAGAGGCCGCCGACGCUUCCCCCGCGAGGCCAGCGACGCAGCCCUUGGGAUCGCCGUCCUCGCCGCCGUUGAGGUCGGAUGGAGGGACAGCGGCGUUAGCGGCGGCAGGCGGAGCAGGAACCGCGGCAAGCAGCGAGGCCGCCGCCGCCUCUAGGAAGUGCUCUUCCCGCAAGAAGACGGUCGCCAGGCGCGGGGUCACCUACAGGCCGCGCCUCUGGCAGCAGCCCCCGCCCUUGACCUCCACGGCGAGGCGCCCGGGGGACCGCAUACAGCGGAUGGCGUGGUCGCCGUACCUGACGAGCGGCUCGAGCGACGGGGAAGACGUCGGGGCAAGCUUGCCUUCUUCCUCGGCCUCCCGCAGGCGUUCUUCUCUGCGGAGCGGGGGUGGGACGAACCCCUCGCCGGCGGCAGCGACGGUGGCGGGGGGGUCCGGCGGGGGAGGGGGGGGCAGCUCGAGCGGCCACGACAGCACCAGCGACGACGAAGCCUUGGUUUCGUUCCGGUCUAGGGUGCCCCCCGAGGACUCGGACCGCUCCCAAUCUCUCGCCUCGCAACUGCCGCCAGGCGACUCCGAAGGCGCUCCGCGCUUCCCGAUAGAGAUCUUUGAGUCCCUCGAGAACGUGACCGCGGACCCGCGACUAUGCUACUGUGGCCACGCGAUCGAUCCGAAUCACGGAGACCGACAGGUGCGGUCAAAGCUAAGCAGGGAGACCCCCGAGUACCUCAUCACCCCGAGAGCGGAAGGCGGGUCGAUCGGCCUGUGGCUUCGAGGCUGCCCCGGCUUGAGGAUCGCGGCCGUGAGGGUGCAGCUGGGGCAUGCGUCUGUCGACCACAUCCCGCGCGAGUUGCGCAUCAUGGGACGCACCAUCCAGACCCAGAAGGGGAAGGCCAAGUGGUACGACCUGCCCCUGACGGAGCAGGAGAUCGAGCGUGGCAACGCUGUCGGCCCCGUCGUCGUGAGCGUCUCCUCCUGCGCUGACGCCAGCAACCACCCGCUCAUCGAUGCGCUGGAGGUGUACGCGCGGCCGUACCUGGGGGCGGCGGCGGCGGCCGGUGCUCCGGCCCCUCCUCUUCCUCCUGGGCCUACCCGCAGCAGCAGUAGCAGCAGCAGCAGGACGGACGAAGCUCAACCGUCGGCCCUCGCGACAAGCACGAUGGAAGCGCUCGAGGCGUGCUCCAGGGUGCUCAGCCACGCGCUCGGCUUAGCGGAAGAGGCGGCGCCGACGAGGGAAGCGCUGUGCCCCGAACUCGCCGACUCGGCCCUGACGGUGCUUCGGAAGACCUGCCUUGCGGCGGACAAGACGCGGUGGCGUGCCCUGCGGUCGUCCUCCCGCCGCCUGCUUGCGACCGCCAAGCCUGACGCUGCGGCCCGCGUCGACUCGGUUCACCGCGCCUACGUGGGCGAGGUUCUACUGGCGCUUGCCGGGGAGGGGGGCUUUGACGGCGGUGACGGCGGCGGCGGCGGCGAUGGCACCCUGGGUAAGGAGAACUCGCCAUUGUCGCCAGUGCGGUUGACGCGAGUGACCCAGCUCUGUGAGCGUGUGUGCGCCAAGCGGUCGACCCUGCUGAGGGAUGAGCUUGCGCCGGCGCUGGCGGAAAAGAGUAACGGCGACGGCGACGGCGGCGGCGGCGACAGUGUCGGUCAGAGCGGCCGGCGGACGCAGCUCGCAAGAAGCUUCGUGUUCCCGGCUCUGGUGCGACGCUUCUGGGAGUCAUGCGUGUGGGUAAGGGACGGCAGGGGCAGCAUGCAGAUGGUGCUCCGUUGCAUCCUGCAGCUGGCGGUGGAUGAGAUGCGGGCGGCGGCCGUAGCGGCGCGUGCUGCCGCUGCGAACGGUGCCUGCGGCAGCAGCAGCAGCAGCGGCGGUGACGUCAUCGAAGAGGGUUCGGAGCAAGCCGUCCUUCGCGCGGGGCUGGGGCAGCUCAUUCCGCUGCUUCAGUCGAACGUGGCCCGCGUUUCAGAGGCAUCGUCGGCGUACUUGGCCACGCUGCUGCUCGGAACCCUGCCGGCCGCAACCGCCGCUGUCGGUGUACCUCGGCCGACGGCUGCGGCGGCGGCAGCGGCGCCGGUGGCAGCCGACGGGCAGCGUCAGGGCGAGAGCGCCGGCGGGGCCGGGGGGGUCACGGCAAGCGGUGGCGAGGGCCUCGGGAGCGGAGCAGCAAACGCGGCGGCGACGGGGGUCGUGAUUUCGUCACGGGUGGGAGUUGUGUCGGACGCGUACGCCGCUUCGGCCGGGAGCGCCUCGGAGGCGGAGGGCAGGAUAGAGACGGAGGCGACUUCCGACGGGGGGACCGAAUCCGACGCCGACCCGGCGGGGGAGUCGGCGGCGGCGGCGGCGGACGGCGGGGGCGGGGGCCACCACGCGGAAGAAGACAGCAGCAGCAGUGUCCAGCUGGCUCUGGCGGGGCUGAGGAGAGCGGGCCACCUGAGCGGCGCCGGCGCCGAAGGGCAAGGCAGGGCGGCGGCGGGCGGCGGCGGCAAGGACGCGUCGCCCGGGCAAGAGGGUUACGGAAUUGACCUAGUACCGGGGUCUGUGAAAAGGGCGAGGACGACGUCUUCCGCCGCGCCGUCUGGGCGUGAUCUCGCGCCGAGCAACGAGGGCGGUGCCGGGAGGGGCGGCGGUGUGGACGGGGCUGCGGGCCAGGAAGCCGCCCUGACGGGCGCCGAAGGCGCCGCUGCAAGACAAAGCGCGCGCGGGUCGCCGGGGGCAGCUGCGGGGGGGGCGGGGGCGAGGGCGGCAGCCGCGAUGGCGGCGGCGCCGGGAAGCUCGGCGUCCUUGAGCAAGAAGCAGGUGUGCUACCGCUGCGACAGUUGCGACGACUGUCCACUCCAGCACGUCCGCUACCACUGCCUGGUGUGCGCGGACUUCGACCUGUGCGCCCGGUGCUACGACAGGUACCACGGCCCGAACAGCCAGUUCCAGGGAGAGAAUGCCGUGAUGUUGGGCAGCCACAGCACCUCGCACAGCAUGGUGGCCUUGCCGGUCAACUCCGCGCAACCGGCGGGUGCUUCUGUGCCCACGGGAGCGCCGCAAUCCCCCCCGCGCAACUCGAACCCGCCGCCGGCCGCUGCCGCUGAGGCGGAGCCGCGGAGCGCGAUCGUGGACCGGAAUAACGCGGGCUCCCGCAGCGUGUUAUGGGGCAGGAAGCAGCUGCCGAAGACCCUUCAGGCCAUCACCAAGGGGGCGGCCGUCGUGGUCGGCGGCGGCGUGAGAGCCCGCUCCGCGGCGUCGGACUCGACGAUCCUCUGCAUGCAGACGCUGAGGUUCCUCGUGGGCUGGGGCGAGCCGUCGGAUGGCACCGGCGGAAAGAGUGUACACCGCGUGGAGCAGCCGCUGUUCGCCGCGUCUGCGAUGACCGCUGCUGGCGGUUUCGAGGCGGGGGCUGGCGAGGCCCCCAUUUGUCUGCACGGGCUUAGGGCGCGACCGAGCUCCGACGAUAGCGGGGCGGCGGCGGCGGUGGCGGCGGCGGCGGCGGCAGGGGGGGCUGGCGGCAACCCGACGGGUCCUUCCACCGUGUGCUUCGUAUGCCCCCUGGAGGACAGGGCACGUCGUUGCGAGUUUGUUCAGGUUACCCGCCAGGCGGCCACGGCCGGAGCUGCAGACGACGCGGCAGCCUCUACCACCAACGCCGGAACCGCAGGCGGACGGUCGGUGGUUUCCGGGCGGCAUCACAAGACGGGGAGCAAGAACCCAAGGACACCCCCGGCGGCGGCGGCGGCGCCCCUCCAGCGCGCGCCGGACGCCGCCCUUCGCCAGGCGGUGGGCCGAGCGUGCGAGGAGCUUCUGGCCAACGCCUUCUCGUCGUCCUUCAUUCCGAUCGUCACCGCCGUCCCGCCGGCUUCGGAAGCCGAUCACACGGGACCACCGUCGUCUGCCCCUCCUCCUCCCGGCGACGGCGGGGGGGGGCACGCAACGGGGACUGGCGGGGGUGUCCCGGGCAGCGGGGGCACUGAUGCCAUGGAUGUUGACCGUGAGGAGACGCAAGGAUCCGCGCGACCGUCGGCCGCAGUUCCUGCGGGUGACAGCGGCGGCGGCGGCGACAACGUGCAGGCCGUUCUUUGCAGCCUCCUCAAGGCUCUCAUGACGCUGCUGCUCAGCGACGGCGGGGGACGGUCUAGCAGCGGCGGCGGCACGGAGUCUUCUGUCACCGCUCCCCGCCGUGUCGUCUCGUCCACCGCGAAGGAGGACGAAUCCGCCGCUGGUGCUGGCAGGGCCGCGGCCGCGGGGAGUAGCGGCCAGGGACGGAAGAACGCCUCCAAACCUCCGCGCGCCGACGGGGUAAGCGGGGACGACAGCAAGAGGCGCUCUUCUCGCAGCAGUGGUCUGGUCGCCGCUGCUGCUGCUUCCGGCGGCGCUGGCGCACCGUCCGCCGCCCCGGUGGUGGCCUCGACGUCAUCAUCUUCCUCCUCCUCCUCGAAGGCCGAGAUGAUGAGAAGGGCUGCGUUCCGCACGCCGGCCGAAGGGUUGACCAGGCUCGGCGCCAUCUUGCGGGUGCCCUCGAUGGCGGUGCUGGCUUCUGCGGUUCAGCUGGCGACGGCUUUGGCGAGCAUGAGCAGGCGCUUGGAGAGGAUGGCGGCGGGCGGCGAGAGCUGGGGGGCUCCGCCGAAUGCAGCGCCCACCGCAGACUCAGGAGAGCGCCCGAAGCAUCCUCAGACGUCGUCGCCGCCUACGGCGGAGGUGAUGCGGCGGCGGCACAAGGGGCUCACGGAGUGGAAGGCGCUGCUCUGUACGCUCAUCGCGGACCGGGAGGUCAAGUCGCUGCGCCACGACGCGAAGAGGCUGCUUCGCCGCCUUUGCGUCACUCAGGCGGCGUACCAUGGCGUGCGGGACAGCUACCAGUUCACCGCCGAGCUGCGCAAGGUGCUGCACUCCUUGCCCCCGCGGGCGGCGCGGGCCGCCUGCGAGGCGCUGCGAGAUCCGGCUGCCGCCGCUGGGUCGUCGUCGUCGACGCGCGACGCUAGGGGGAAGAAGAGGGGGCGGUGGGACGACGCGCCGCCGUGCAGCGGGCAGGGCGUGGCGUUUGCGGCCGCCGCUGUCGCCGCCGGUGGCGGUGGUGGGGCGGGUAGCGACGUCGACGAGCUUCCGUACACGACUCAGGUGGCGCUUCACCGGUCGCUCACCAGCCUCCUGCACGUGGCGGAGAUGCGACCGACCAACUGGCGCAGGUACUGCGCCGUUUCUUGGUCGUCGAAGUACCCCCGCUUCCAGGGAGACGCAGCGGCGGCCGGGGCCGAGACUGCCGCCGGAGGAAAUGCCAGCGGCGGCAGCGGUGGUGGCGGCCGCGAAGAAAGCGACCUCCUCUCCCAGUUCGGGGACCUGCCCCCGGUGUGCAUCCUGUUCGCGCUGUGCGAGAACGGCGGCGGGAGAGGGCGGGCGGGGCGGGGGCACCCGGGCAUCGGGGCCAGCGAGCUCCAGCCGCUGAUCUGGCAGCUGCUGGAGCUCACGCUCCGGCCGGAGUACCACCACCACGUAUCGGGAGCAGCUAUGCCGCCGCCGCCUCCGCCGCCGCCGCUGCCGCCUCCGAUGGCGGCGCCCGGGUCCCUGCUUCGCGGCAGCGGCGUCGGUGGCGGCGGUUCUGCUGGCGACGCUGAGGGUAGUAGUAGGAGCGGCGAGGCCGUCGUCGUGGCCGGCGCGAACGCCUCCUCGGGGAGCCAGGGAGGCCGCUUGGCCCUCGCGGCCGGCGGUGGCGCCGCCGCUGUCGCCAUGGCGGAGGGGAGCGCACUCGGAGGAGGAGGAGCGUGGUCGUUCCCGUCCCCCGCCGACCUGCUGAUAGCCAAGGGUCUGGUCGGCUCCGACGCGGUCGUGGAGAUGGCGCAGGACCUCCUGUCGCCGGCGGCUGACGCGGAGGCCCGCCAGCGGACGUCGAGCGUCUUGCACCACCUGUGGGCGUCGAGCGCGGCGGACUCGAGGCCGGAGGUGGUGAGACGCCUCGCGGCCUACCUACCGUUUGCCGCCCGACAAGGCUCGCGGGCCGUCGAGUGGCUUUCCUUCUUAGCCCUCGCCGUGCAGGACGCACAGCCUCCGCUGCCGCCGCCGUCGUCGCAGGCGUUAACAGCAGAACAACAACUCAGCAGCGGGGACGCGAUGGACGAGGACAAGGGCGGCGGCGGCGGCGACGUCUCGCCGAUGGUCGCCCUGGUGCGGGCUGCGGCGGCGGCGGUGGCGGAGCAGGCGGCGGCGCUGAGCAACCACCCUAACGCGGCGCUCUACGCCGCGAUCGGAAGGCUGGUGCCCGGUGUCGGCGGCGCGGCGGGGGGGCACUUCCUAGAGCUCGAGCCUUGCCUCGUGUGCGCCGAACAGGAUAGCAACAACAGCCUGACAGCUGCAGGCAAAGCGACGACAGCGGCGGCCGCGGAAGCGGAGUCUUUGGCGGUGGCCGGGUCUAGAUCGGGCGGCGCGGCGGCGGCGGCGGCGGCAGCGGCUGCAGCGGCGGGGGCGAGCGUUCCCGGAGCCAGAGGGGGUCGGGGGCUGGUGUACUUGAACUACCCCCUGGAUUCCAUCAAGGCCGCCUCGAAAUCGACAGAGAAUGCCAUGCUGGUCCAACUGAAGGGGAGGUUCAAGGUGCAAAGGUUGCUGGUACGCAUCGCGGACGCCCACGGGCGCCUGGUGCGGACGAUCCGGCUCCACUACCACUCCAAGCCCGUGGCGACGAUAGCAGAUCUGCGCAUGCCGGAGAACGCCGCCAAGUGGAGGCUGGCUGCGACCGUCCACGUUCCGCGCGACAAGGUGUCCGUGCAGGUGGACCUUCCCCUGCCGCUCACGUGCGCCAACCUCAUGGUCGAGUUCGCCGACUUCCACGCCGACCCCGCGCGGGGGGCGGAGGAUCCCGCCGCCGUGGGCGCCGGGGGGAGGAGGGGGCACAGCGGCGGGGGCGCCCUGCACUGCCCUCGCUGCGGGAGGCCCGUGACUGACAUGCACGGGGUGUGCCGGCAGUGCGGGGAGGUGGCUUUCCAGUGUUGCCAGUGCCGCCACAUCAACUACGAGUCUCUCGAGGCGUUCUUGUGUGUGGAGUGCGGGUACUGCGCGUACGCCCACUUCAGCUUCCGACUCAUCGCGGCCUUGGAGACGGACUUCACUCCGGUGACGACCGAGGCGGAGCUUGCCGAGGCCAACAGGCUGGCGGACAAGCGCACCCAGCUGGCGCGCAACGUGCAGCAGGAGCUUGAGAGGCUUCGGCCGCGGGUUUGCCAGUUGGUCGCUUCCCUCACCGGGGUAGACAACAACGCCGCCGAACCGUCGGGGGGAGGGUUAGCGCAGCCGUCGUACUGGAACGGGGCCGGCUGGACGGGGCACGGCGAGGACGGCGGCGGCGGCGGCGGCGGAAUCGAUCCGGACUCCUUCUCCGCGACUCUACGCCGAGUCGCAGAGAGGUGCGGCACGGCGUGGGGAGGAGAGGGCGCCGGCGGGGCGGCGGGCCUGUUGGAGAGCAGGCUAGGGUGGGCGAGCGCGCUGCCGGCCCGGGCGCAACACCAGUACGCGUUGAUGGCUCAGGAAGCGGCCGACGAAGCCUUGGCAGCAGGCGGCGGCGGCGGCGCCAGAAGCUCUGCGCCUACGGGGCAACCGCCGGCGUUUGGCGGCGGCGGGUCAGGUGCUGCCGCCGCCGCUGGCGCGGCCGCGGCCGCUGCUGCUGCUGCUGCUGCUGCCGGGCAGGAAGGGCUGCGUGCGUCUCUUGACGAGCUGUGCAACCUGCACGACGAGCUCGGGGCAAUCGGCCGACUCCCCGCCGCCGAGGCGGGGUCCGGGUCCGACAGCAUCAACAACCUGGUGGCGUCCAUCCACUCUCGGCGAGCGCACGCCGAGGCGCGCCUGGAGCUGGCGGCCGCGGCGAUGGCGGGGGGCUCCGCCGACCCGACCGGGGGGGGUACCGCCACCGAGAGGAGAGUGCGCAGGGGAGGGGCCUCGUACAUACCCAAGACUCGACGAGUUGCCGCCGGCCUCUCCUCUGGCGCGGUUGCGGGGGGUGAGGCGGAGGACGGGGCCGAAGCCUCGGCAACAGCGGCGGCAACGGGGACUUCGAGGGCACUGGUCGUGGCGGCCGGGGCGGGAGGAGCGGCUUCGUCGUCGUCGUCGGCGGCGGCGGCGGUGGCCCAGGCCAGGAGGGACGUUCGAAGAGGAGGAGGAGGAGGAAACGAAGAGCUCUUGCUCAACGCCUCGGGGGGCGGGGGGGCAAGCGACGGUGGCGCGAGGUGGGAGCGGCAGCCCCAGGACUACGUUCCCAAUCGUCGGAGCUCGAAUUCAAGGGUCGAAGAGGCGGAGCGCAUGCUGCGUGAGAGCUUGGACGAGGGGGCCGACCCGUUCUUCUCGUCUCUGCCGCACCUGCCUCCCUUGGCGUCGCCGUACCAAAGCAGGGGUAGCAACGGCGGCGGCGGCGGCGGCGGCGCCACGGGGGCAGGAGGUUCCUCUGUUUCUUCGGCGGCGGCGGCGGCGGCGGCGUCCGCUGCCCCGGACGCGAACAACGACUCGCCUCCGCCCGCUUCGUCGGGCUACUCGGCCGAGCUCGCCGAGCUCGUGAAGCUCUACUGCGGCCGCUGUCAGGAGGCGUCCUCGCGUCUGCGCGCCGCCGUCUCCGAUAGGGAGGCUCUGUCGGCGUCGACUAUGUCGUACCUUCGCAGCGGCGGUGGUCUCGACAUUGGCGGUGGUGGUAGUCGAGGAGGCGCGGGGUCGGUCGAGAGCACGCGGGGCCGGGCGGCAGCGACAGCAGCGAAGGUUGCGGUGGCGGGGGCGGCCGGGACCCCGGCGUGGAAGGCGGGAAGAGGCGCGGUCAGCUGGGGCGGCGACGGAGAGCAGGCGGGAGGGACGGGGACGCAGAGACAUGGCUGCUGCGCGAGGUGCUCGGAGGAGGAGGAGCCGGAGGGGAGAGAGGCGGCCGCGUGCUGGAGGCUGCACGUCGGCCUCCUUCUCGAGAUCCUGCGGCGGAUGCCAGCGGCGGCGGACGCCAGCCUCGCGAUGGUCAAGCACGUCGUGCUCCCCUGCCUGGACACCGUGGCGGCACUCUGCCUUGACGGGGUCGACUACCCCGACCUGAGGGAAAAAGAAGGAGCUCCGCCGCCGCCCGACGGCGAUGAACAACACCAUGGUGCCGCCGCCGCCGCCGCCACCGCCGCCGCCGCUAGCGGCGCUUCACCCUCCUUGCCCGACGUUGAGGUGGCCACCCCGGCGAGCGACGGGGGCAGAGUGGAAGACGUUGUUCUCGACGAAGUUCUGCGCGCCUCUGCCGACGCGCAGGCCCUGCCAUCGGCUUCGGCGACAAUGACCGGCGGCGGCGGCUUCUGCUGCAGGGUGGGGUGGGUCACACCCGCACAGGCGAAAAACGCACACGCCGCCACCGCGGCCGCGGUCACGGCAGAGUCCGCGCUCUGCGGCGGUGGUGGUUUACAGCAUGCCCGCUUUUCAUCCUUCCCGGAGCACUGGCUGCUGAGGCUGAUGGCGAACAAGCGGUCGCCCGUGCUGCGGACUUUCUCGGGCAUGGUGCUCGGCGCGAUGGCCGCGUUCAAGGGGCCCAGGAGGAGCAAGGAGGUGGCCGAGGUGGCGGCUCACAUGGUCGGGGUCGUCGGCGCGGACGGGUCGGAGGCGGCCGGGCUGCAGGUCAUCGAAAUCCUGCAGAGGUUGACCGGGAUCUCGCCGACCGCGGCAGGCUCUGAUCCUCAGCAGCGAAGCGCCGCGGCGCCUGGUCCUGGGGGGGCCGGGGCUGCUGCUGCUGUAGCAGCUACACCGGAGGCUCGCAAGCGUGCGUUCUUGCGGGCGUCGGUACGAGUGCUCCGAAGAAAUACUUCGCAGUCAUCGACACCUACAUCUUCCCACGCCUUUAGCGGGGGUGAGGCGCGGUGGUGGAGUGCCCUGCCGCCGGCCCCGCUGGCGAACCCAUCGGUGAGGCAGCUCCUCAAGGAGCUCAACGACAUCGUGGAUCCCCCGCGGAAGCUGCCUCGCUUCAAAGUGCACCUUCGGAGGGCGCCGACGCAGGAGGAGUUCUUCCGCGGAUCUUUGUCCAAGAACCCGCUCUACUCCACCGACAUCAUGCCGAGCGCGCCGGCGGCGGCCGGCAGCGGCGGCGGCGGUGGGGGGGCGGCAGGGUCGGCGGCGGCGGCAAACGCAGGGGGGGGUUCUUCGCCUUCGGCCAUCAGCGGCGUGGCGGAGGCGACGAUGCGCAACCUUCGCGAUAAGAUCGCGACCGACCUCGACAUGGCCGAUGCGGCGGAUCUAUUGGAGCUUAUCGUGUGCGGGAACAUUGUCGGGCUGGACAUCCCGGUGAGGGUUGUCCAGCACGAGCUGUGGCGGCCGCACAUCCUGGAGACCACGGCGGACGACUACAGCUCCGACUGCGAGGCGGAGUCGCUACCGGCCAUGAUGGUCACCUACCGCCUCGCCGGGGUAGACGGGGAGGCCACCGAGGAGGUCGUGGACUCAUUGGCUGACAGUGACAGCGCCGCCGACCAAGACCCCGAGGUCAAGUUCGGCAUCGCCAGGGACAUCGCGGAGGAGGGAGGCUUGUCGCUGCUGCUGACUCUGGCACAGCCCCCGGCGGGGCCGUCAGCCGCGGUAGAGGAGGAGGCGGCGGCGUCGCCCGAGGGUCUUGCGGCGAGCGGAAGCGGUGACUGGGAGGUGUUCGCGUUGGCCGUGAAGCUGCUGCGGCGGUCGUGCAUGCUGUCGGCGAACCGCUCGGACCUCCUUUCUCUCAAGGCUCCCGGCAUCUUGUUGCACCACCUCUUGGAGGUCUUGCAAAGGGGGGCCGCGGGAGGGGGGAGGGGGCAGGCAGA